GACCACAUCCUCUACUCGACCAGAGGUUUCUGCUGCCCAAUUACCGAAAGUGCCGCCCUGUUUUAGUAUAUAUAGGAUUGCUGCCUAGGGUUACCAUCGUCCCCUGGAUUCCCUCCUGGUCUUGGAAAUCAGACUGUCGGAUAGACUUUGCUGUUGUCGCACUUGUCCGUCAUAGUAGGUUUCCACCUAUACCAAUUUCGGAACGCUAUAUAGAGCUUCAGGGCUAUCUUUUUUUUUUUUUAAAAAAAAGACCUCUCAAUUUCGAUUACACUUUUUUCUGACAUUUCUUCACCUUAGUUUCGACUAAACCUUUCCUAAAGGUGUGUAUAACAUUUUUUUAUCGUUCCUGCGGUAUAUAUAAUACUCUGCAAGCUCGGUCCGUUCGCCUUCUUCUUCUUCCUUUUUCUUUGGCCUUACUUUUUUAUCUUCCUUCCCCUGCUUUGAUCUGUCGCACAAGGUUAUCGUUUCUUUAUGCUUCUCUGCAUUGAGGGACGAGGCGAGCGAUGGAACCAUCUUUUGUUUGGCUGGCCUUAGAAUCAUCGUGAGAGCUGACGGAUGGCCUGAUAGGAGACUACUGAAACGCUACAAAUAGCACCGCCUCAUCGGUGCUGUUUUACCAUUCGUCUCUGCCUUCCUAGGGUGACCCAAGCAAGAGAUUAAAUAAAGACUGUCCUCUUCAUAAAUCAAAGAGAAUAUGGCUUCCUUUGAGCCAUGCCAGUAUCAGCCAUCACCCGCACUGGCCCAGCAAACUGGGUUACAUGCAGACCUGCGGCUACUCCCAGCCAGGAGCGAGUCCCCAUUGAACCCAAUUGAUCGCUACGUUGCGGACGAACCUACCGGUGUCUUGGUCACCGACGGCACUCGAAACCUGUGUCCCCCCCAGCCGCUGAUGUUGCCGUACGAUAUCGCAUACAGCAAUACGGGGAGCAAUUUCCAGUACCCGUAUCGGGGUCUAGCGGAUGACGAGUCCUCGGGGAGUGGGAACAAUAGACUCUACUAUCCUACUUUCGCAGCGCCGACCGACUCUUCAAGCGGAUCUCCCGGGGAAGACGACUAUCGCCAGCAGAGCUCCGCUGCUACUAGCCCGGAUCAUCCCGGCUUAACAUUUCCGGAGCCCUCGUGGGGUCAGGAGAACAACCCCAUGCCGCGAACUAGUGAUUCGAAUGCACCCGUGGACCCGGAACUGGCACCGAAUGACUUUGUGUGCCCGAGGGAAGUUCAUCACAUCUCCCCCUGCGGGGACGACCGGAGUCAGGGGGGGCAUGACGACUCCAUGGAAGAUGACGACGGGAACUGCUACGCAUACUCGCAGGACAUGCCUAUGACCCUUCAACCAUACUAUAGUCGGCCAUGCUAUCAAUACGAUCGGGCCCCUCCCCCAGUAGGGGUGUUCCCACGGCAGCACGAUGACCCUCCGAACCACGAUCAUUCCUACCCCUCAGCGCCAGUCUCCAGGCAGAGUUCGCCUUCUAAAGCUUUAAAAUUAAGAUUAAAUAGGGAAAAUAGGGAGCGCCGGAGUAAAUACCCCCCAGAUAUGAUGCAGCCGUGUAUCGCAAGGCCCGGUGAGGGUGAGAAAGGCCGGAAGGCCCCGAGUGAGAAGACUCGGGGUCGGGGUGCGGGAAAGAAGACGAAGGAGAAGAAGGUCUGUCGUAUGCACCCAACCAAAGUGUUUAACCACGCCUCGGACUAUAAGUAUGGCCCCCCCCUCACCCCUCUUAUUGCCUGGCAACGGGCUGACCACAACUCGCUUGGCCAUCAGAAAACACAUGAAUCAGCAACACCUCCGACCAUUCCUCUGCGUAUUCUACUUCGCAGGCUGCGGUCAAACAUUCGGCAGCAAGAACGAAUGGAAGCGCCACGUAUACAGCCAACACCUCCAGAUUUCCUACUGGACUUGCGACAACGCCAUGUGCGCUGACAGGAAGGCGAUCUUCAACCGAAAAGACCUCUUCGGACAGCAUAUCAAGCGUAUGCACCCGGCCCCAGCGGGCCCCAAAACUUCCACCGCAGCCUACACGGAUGAAAUGAUCGAGCGUUGCCGCGUGGAGCGCCGAAAGCCGCCUCAGAAGAGCAGGUGCGGCUACUGCAGUCAGCCGUUUGAGGGGCCGCAGAGCUGGGACCAACGGAUGGAGCAUGUCGGCCAACACUACGAGAAAAACAACUACAAAGGCAUCUCCCGCGAGCUCUGGUCUCCGGAUGAAGGUCUUAUCGAGUGGGCUUUGAGCCAUGGGAUCAUCGAGGAUAAUGGGGGUGGUGUUUAUGCCAUUCUUUCCACGGGAAAGGACGCUAUCGUGAAGGCUGGGGUUGAGCAGAAAAAACUGGCGAAGGAGGAGAUGGCGAGGGAGGGGGAGAUGGCGAGGGCUCGGAGGUAUGCGGAUGGUGAUAUCGAUGAUGUCGAUGAUGAUGAGAGAGAUGCUGAGGGCGAAGAUGAUUACAUCUACCGAUAAACCUCAACAGGCGCCAAUGUCAUCCCCUCCUCGAGGUCCCUCGGGUCACAUAUUAAGAAAUUUGCUGGAAACUUCCUUGCCUAGGUCUUCCAAAUUGGCUUUUCUACCUCCUCUGCCUUACUUCCUUACUCCUUUCGUCUUCCAUCCCCUGUUUUCUGCUUUUCGACCACCGAUUUCAGAUUUCCUCUAUUUCCUCUCAUUUUUGUCAUUCUUCGGUAUAUAUGGUUGCUUGGCUAUAGACGGAUGUUUUCUCGGAUUCCUCAUUUUAUUUCUUUCACAAAGAAGGGCGUGACACUGUUCGGGUUGGGCUGGGUUGGAUCGGUUGUUUGGGUCUGUUUUUCUUCUCUUUUUUUUCCUCUUUCUCUUUCUCUUCUCUUUCUCUUUCUCUCUCCCUCUUUUUUCUUCCCCCGACUCGUAUGGGGAAAAGAAAAAAAAAAGGCAUCUGGAGGACCGGUGGGAAGGGGUUUUUUUUUUCCUGAUUUCUGAGACACCCUAUUUGUCUACCUAUUUCAAUCUACUCCCCAAUAGGUUAUGUGAAAUCUGAUCGGGUCGAAAGGAGUUACUUUUUUGACAAGAAAAAAAAAACACCCCUGUUGCGAUGUGAUUUCUACGAGUAGAGUCUAUUCUACCUGUCGAAUUGUGUGAGUCUAGUCAACCACUCACUCACCUUGUGUCACUCGCGGGGUGAAACAUGUAAAUCAGGAACUUCCCGACCGCUUGUCUCAAUAAGCCAACCAACUAACCAACACACCGAUCCGGAGGCCAGCGGGGGGGGACAAGUGAGUGGCAGUGAACGCCAAUAUCAUACCGGUUGCUACAAUACAAUACCACGACCCUCCCCAGAACCUCAUCCACCGAUAGCAGAAAAAGAGAUGAAAUCAAAAUCGGUCAUGAGAG